AUGGGACCUAAGUCACAAAAACCGAAGUCCCGUACUAAGACGGGAUGUUUGAGAUCUUAUGCAUCACGUGACCCAGGCCGACAGCAGGCGAAGAAGUGCAAUGCUCAGAAGCCCCAGUGCAGUUCAUGUGCCAAAGCCGACGUACCAUGCAUCUGGCCUGACGUCCAAGUCCUGGAGAGCAGAGAUCACCGCCGUCGAGACGCUCAGUUUCCAUGUGCAGUGACCCAGAACCCGCCGGGUGGACUUGACGGGGCUUUUGCGGCCAGGGAUCAGCCAGAAGCAAAUAUUCUGCACCAAGCCAUCGGCGUCUUCUUGCCUCUACUGGAUCUACCUACCGCACACUCUGAGUAUGGCAAGGUACGAAACUAUAUUGUCGGGAUUGCAUGCCAUAAUAUUGGCGUGAUGACAGCACUCCUGACUUGUGGUGCUCUUUUCAUGUCGACUGAGGAUGCGCUGUACAGCGCAAGAGCGCUUCCGUAUUACAGCCAGUCUAUUGUCCAUCUUCAGGAGAACCUGAAGCUUGUCCAGCUGGGUAGUGCUUUGGAUGAAGCGACAUUGGAUUUACCUACUGUCAAUGUGAUAUUGCUUUGUUUAGCAGGGUCAUGGGGCAAAGAAGUAUCGGCUGAUCACAGAUGCCAUAUUCUGGAAGCCUGUCGCAUCUUCCAGUUCCGCAUGAAGCACUUGAGCAAAUCGAUCUGCCGAUCCCGAAAUAGUCUUCUCUUCCAGCGUAUCCUAUGCGAAUCCAUCAUCCAUCAAGUCUGCUUAACGCAGAUGACUAUGCCUACACUGGAUGGAUCUGACCUGAAUCUUAUCGAAGAGACUCUAUGGCCUAGUAUCCAACUGGAGCUUGGGUCUCGGAUUUUUAGCAACGAUUCAUGGUCGACAUUGGAGAGUCCCAUUCUGGGGCUUCCCUGGCAAUUACAUAAGCUGGCGUUCGAUGUGAACAACCCUAAAAAUGGCAGUGACCCUGAUCUGAUCACUUUGCUGCUACAUAACUGUGAAGUCUGGAAGCAAGGACUGGGAAAUAUGGCGCUGGGCAGCCAAACAGUUCUCAGAGGCAAACUGCAUCUUUUGGCUUUAGCAGUCCUCCUAUCUUCGCGGCUCUCUGUAAUUCUGGAGACCAAAACCCCGCCGCACACUGUGCGCAGGGUAUCUUUGCAUUUUCAGCAAUUGAACCAGCGACUGCUGAGAGAGGCACGGUCACUUCUGGGAUCUUCCCAUGAAAUGUUGCUGAUGGAUGAUACUUUUCAUGGGAUAUUGGGCCUAGAUAUCCUCAAGAGAGCUAUUCACGACUCUUUUGAAUCUUCAUUGAUCGAGUACCUCCUGCAAACCAAAUGA